AUGAGAAUCUCUCGUUUUCGGACCAAAGUAGCGUCGCGCUGCCGCCGCUUACAGCGGUUGCCUGAUGGUUGUGAACGGGCUCGAAAACCUGUCUCGACGUCUUCUCAAUCUCAUCAACGAGACGUCUACGCGUCGGGCACGCAUAUACGCGCCUCCGCUCCUCGUAGCGGUUACAGCGCGCGGGCAGCUGUGACCUCAACUAUUUCUUGCUACCAGGGGACGCGUGUUUCCCGAGCCGCUCAUACGCCGCCACCGUACCUCCUGCUGCUUGCUGCUGCAGAAAAUUGUGUGAAUCAUCGCCGCACAUGA